UGUCCCAAGAGGAUGGUCGAACAAAAGAAUUUCACUUUUAUCAACUGAUGCUGCGUUUAGUGCACUUGGAGUGACCACAAAGUACGCACAAUGCUGUCGGCAAUCGCAGCAGUGGUCCCACUAUUCCUAUGCAGUGUGGGUCUAAUGGCAUCAACCGGUCUGGGCUUUGCCAUUACGAAUGGUCAUUGCCAAAAGAAUAUCAGUGUCAAGUACCAGGUGCCGGUUACCAAGUCUCCAAGUGGCAGCACAGAUACGGAGCAGUAUGUCGUCUAUGAGGAACGCAUUCGCUGGGAUACGGUUCAAGUCUGUUGCCCUGGUUAUCGCACAAUACUUUUCGGUUUCUGUGAGCCCAUCUGUCUGGAGGCCUGUCCCGCCCAUAGCUAUUGCAUGGAACCCAACAAAUGCCGUUGCAUGCGGGGCUAUGAGCAUUCAUAUCAUCAUCAGCAUUCCCAUCAGCAUCAGCAGAGGAAUCACGAGUUUAAUUGUCGUCCCAUUUGCCAUGGCGGUUGUCCGGAGCACAGCCAAUGCAUCGCACACAAUGAAUGCGAAUGUCGUCCCGGUUAUAAGGAUGUCAGCAGUUGGUUUAGUUUGAAUUUGAAAUGUGAACGCAUUAAAUGUGGUCAAGAUCAACGUUACGAUGUCCAUCGUCGUGCUUGUAUUAAGAUCGAGAUGAGUGUGGAGGAACUAAUGCAACGUGUGGCAGAACGCUUGGCCAAAGGCUUAGAAGAUAACAGCGAAUCACCAACUGCAGUGGAGGAGGGGCAAGAGCGGCCUGAACAGUCAACGCAGAGGUAGAGGGGAAUUCCAUUUACAAUCAUAUCUCUUUUGACAUAUAUCUAAGCAAAAAUAUUUAUUGUUCAAAUU